AUGGCGUCACACAUGAGCCUGCUGGCUUCAAACAAUUGCCCCCUGGAUCUCAGUCGCAUUUCUGCCGUCUCACCCCUCACAUCAGACGGCGGACCCACCUACUCCCUCCAGAUCAAGUCCUGCGACUGCAGCGGUCUCUGCAGCGAGACCAUCCCCAUCAACAUCCACGUGUCGCAGCAGUGCCAGCCGGGAUGGAAGGGCGUGCCCAAGCGCAUCGAGUACCUGCCGGGUUCAAAGGCCACCGCGUUGGCACCCAAGGCCUUCCUGGAUACCUGCGGACGUCUGGUGUGCAACUCGUCGUCGCUGACCACCACGGUGACCCUUCAGACCGAUCAUAUCGGGUUCGGGUGCGACAGGGAGACCUAUUCCACACAGUCACAGCGCACGCUUUGCAAUGCUGAUGCAGGUACCUACGAUCUCCUGCCCCGCCCCAACGCCGGCGAGCAGUGGACCAAGAAACUGACUUCGGACAAUGGCAACGAGAGUGACCAGAUCUACCAGUUUGAUGGUGUUGAGGAUGCGGUCAUCGUUCCCGAGCAGUUUGCCCCGCCCAACAACCUGACCUCGACGUUCUCCAUCUCCUUCUGGAUGAAGCACCGGAACAUCGUCGGUGGAGACCCGGAGUACAUCGUCUGCAAGUCAGACAGCAAAGAAAUGAACCGCCAUCACUACGGCCUGUACGUCCACAACUGCCGGCUGGUGUUCGUCUCGCGUCAGGAGACGGGUGAUGGUUUCUACCCCUCCAUGUACCGGUGGAAGCUGAGGCAGGUGUGCGACCAGGAGUGGCAUCGCUACACCAUCAACGUAGAGGAACUACAGGCCUCCUUGUUCAUUGACGGAGAAGCUCAGAUCGGUCCGAGAGUCUCCGAGGAUUGGCCUCUCCACCACACCACCACUCCUACAUCUACAACUGUAGGAGCAUGCUUUAAGGGAGCCCAGGACAAGUUUGCCAACUAUUUCCAGGGCUACCUAGCCGGUCUUAGCGUCCUGCCCGGUCAGAUCGAGACCCCAGAGGUGGUCAGCUGCAUGGUCAGAUGCAAGGAGGGUCUCUCCUUCAACGUCGGUAACCUGCCGGUCAGCGUGGCUCGCAUCAACACUGCCCGCACCAACCUUACUCUUUCCGGUGAACUGACGGAGCAGUUUUCCAGCGUGCUACAGCAGGUCGGCUACAUCAAUGAAAGGACCUUCCCCACUCAGGGUCGACGCCCCCUUACCAUCUCUACCAAAGCCAGCUGCAAUGGAGUGGAGAUCGUCAUCCCGGACGUCUCUUCUUACGUGAUGGUCCUCCACCCCCACGAACCUACCAUCAGCAUCACCGGCUCCCAGGCAACCUCUCAGACCGUAGCUAACCUAGUGGCAGGCAUCGCGCCCUUCAAGACCAUCACCAUCGUCAGCAUCAUGACAGAGCAAGAAGAGGAGGAGCUUGGUGCAGAUCAACAAGAAGUGACCGGUGGUGAUACCCCAGCCCUCAUCACCCACAAUCUGGACUCCUGCAGUGCACUGGUCAAGCAGGGCAGGCUUGUGGACGGAGAGACACUGACCAUUGCCGAGGAUAUCCUGACACAGCACGGCCUGACCGUGGUCAACUCUGAGAAUGGAAUUGUCAUCAAAGGACUUGCCACAUUGAAAGAUUACCAGAACGUCUUGAGGCAGAUCUCCUACUCCCAGGUGGCGUCCGGUAAGAACCAAGAUCGUCGUCUCACCCUGCACUGCUCUGAGCUCAAUGGAAGAUUUGUCAGCAAUGACUUCGAUGUCAGAAUUGGAGUACUUCAUCAGGCGAUGCGUGCCCUCAACAAACCCAGUCACGUCAAACAGUCUGUAAUGUUCAGUCAUAGCAACGUUAGAGUGCAUGAUAAACUCAAGGAGAACUCCCCCAAGCAUAUCACAUCCAAGAACGCAGUAUCAAGUACAGCAAUGGCCAUUGUGGUGGUUCUUUGCGUUGGGUUCCUCCUCUUCAUGAUCGUCCUGGGCGUGUUCCGUAUCUACUCCGCUCACAAGGCCAAUAGAGCCUUCGAUGGACAGGACAUGGACUGGGAUGAUUCGGCCCUCAACAUCACGGUCAAUCCUAUGGAAGGGCCGAUCGCCACAGGAGAAACGGACGAGUCGAGCGAAGACGACGAUGAGGAUAGUCUGGAGGACGAGAGUUCAAGUUCAGAAGAAGAGGAAGAAGAAGUUUGCGUCGAAAUCAAAGGGACGCCCUUAGAGUGGGACGAUUCAACGAUGAAAUUCUGAGAACGAUCCCAUCGUAUUCCCUUGUAAAAUCCCUCCUUCUCUCGCUCAGUCAAUCCUCGCCUCUCUCAACCUCAUUUUCCUCUUUUUUUCUCCCCCGUUAUCUUUAAGCUCCUCCAUUUUGUUUUUUUGCUGAUUUUCAUCUUGUUUAAACUUUGCAAUCAUAUCUUUCUCCUCCUAAAUUCAAAGCAUUAUUAUAUUGUACAAAGAGUGGUUGAUUUUUUUCGACAAAGAUCUUUAAUUUUCACUUCAUGUUUUAAUGGUCUGUAAUCGUGCAAAUCGAUAGCUAUUGUGAAAAGUUUGUGUGGUUUUUAUGCUCAUUUGUUUAAAGAUUGUGUAUGAAUAUUUGGUCGUUUAAAGACCAAGUUUGUUUUGAAUCUGUUUUAAAAGUAUUGUUAUUUUAGGACCUAAUCUGUGACACAUCAAAGGCUGAAUUGGAUAUGAAUUUAGCGAUGAUUAUGAGUAAAUUCAAGCACAAACAUUCGUUUUGGUGAUUAAUCAAUUUAGAAAAUGUGUGAGGUGUUGAACGUCGGUGGAGAUUUUUUCUGAAUACCUCAUUACGUUACAUAAGGAAGCCAACUAGAAAGUUAGAUUGAAAUACACAUAUUUUCCUGCUCUACCUAUGUAUGGACCAUAGACGUCACCUCAUAUUUGGUUGUGUAACAGAUGCUCUCCAUGUUUUACCAUCGAGCAAGCCGAUGUAUGACAGACAAUUCAAACUGCCCUCUCAUCUUACCGUACCUCUCCAAAAACUACCAUUUCAAAUGCCGCAACUCGAGAUUCGUUGGCGAUUUUUUAAAAGUUGUAAAUUGAUUUUUGACCGAUUAUAUAUUAAUGUAUUUUUUGAGAAGACAAAAAAAAUGUAUGACUAUAUCGUAUCAUUAUCUUGUAAUUUAUGCUGUACUACAUAAGAUGAAAAAAGUAGCAUUUUUAUGGUAUUGUGAGAAAAUAAUUAUAAUACGUAGCGUUGGAUGGUGUAGUUAUUUAAAGAAAAAGAUAAACGCAAUAAUGAUUAUGGCUCCUUGCGGUAGAGAUUAGGUGUUCUCAAAAACGCAUAGUAGAUUAGGAAGAUUUCAGUGGACACGUUUAUUUGCUGGAUUUCUUAUCAUGAUUUAAAUUCUCAAAACUAAGUUUAUGCUCUUUAUACCUCAUAUCAGGACAGUGAAUCCUCUUCCUUAUUAAGAUUCAUAAUCAUGAAAGAAAUAACUUCUUUUAAAAAUAGAAAAUGAUAUUUAUUUCUACCAUUCAUUUGAUAUUCCAUGUUUUUCCUCCAUUCUUGUAAUAUUAAUAGGAACCAGUAUUUUUGUGACUUACUUUGAAAAUAGAGCUAUCCUCAAACAUAAAACCAUGUAUAUAAAUCCUAAAAUCUUAAAAGUUAUAUGUAGCGUUGAAUUUUAGCGGCAGAAAGCCUCAUCUGUAAUUCUGGGAAAACUAGAUUUAGUCCAAAUUUUUCACUGCUUCAUUGAUGUGUUGGCACUUGUGUGUUCAAUUUUGUUUUCUUGUUCUUAUUAUUGCGUUGGUUUUCAACUCAGCCAUAGAGCAUUAUUGUACUGGCUUCUAAAAGAAUCUAUAAGGGAUAGAAAAAUGACUGAAAGUAUUAUAAAAAGAUGUUGCAGUAAAUAUUAUACUUGUGUACAAAUAUUUGUAUGGAUGUGAUUUUUUUCCGUUUAUCUUAGCCAUUUACGUGUGUAUAAAAGACAGAUGUUGUAAAUUAAAUAAGGGAGUUAUAUCUUCACUUGGUUUUCACGUUCAGUUUUAACGUUUCAUCAAUGUUGUGAGGUUUGUUCUUUUUCACCGACAAUCGUAAUUGAUCGAACGCAGUUGUGUUUACACCGAGUGUUGCAUAUUACUUGUUUCAUCAAUAUCCCACCACAGAAGUUCAUUAUUAUCUAACUUGAAUCAGCAUUUUUUGUAUCACAGCGAGUACUAUGGCUGUGAUAUCUCAUUUUGGCAUACAACAGUUGUCUCAUAUAGUUUUGAGGCAUAAUUAUUCAAUCAAUCAAUCACUUUUAAGGGGGUAGAAGAUUAUAAACAUUGAGGUUAGUAAAUGAAAAAUAGUGAUUGUUGGUCAAAAUAUUCAAAUUACUUUCACUCCUUCUUCGCUGUUUUUUUAUGCUUUUAAAUCAAUAACGUAGAGAAGAUAUUUGGUUCAUAUUGCUUAUAUACAAUCAUCUCUGAAAUUGGACAUCAUAAAUGGUUUCGUUUGGGCUUUUUAGCGGGGAAUAAAGGGAGGAACACAUGAUAAAGUGCUACCAUUUAAUUAUGCACAUGCAAUUUUCUAUGUGUUUAUAUUGUGAAUAUGAAUGACUAAGUAUCUCAUUGUGUACAUUUGGUUGACAACACAAAGCUAUAGUGCUACCGUUGUGUCUGUGGGUAUUAAAAGUUGUAAAUAAAUCUGAUUAAUUAUUAUGUGUCUAUAGAUAGAGGUCUGUAGUUUGCACUGGAAAAUUUAUGGAAUUUCUCUCGGUCAUUACUCGAUAAAAGCAUAAAAUCGAGUUUUAUAUAAAAAAGUACUUUUAUUCUUUUUGUCUCACAUAUUUCCUUUUCGUACAUAAGCCAACAUUUCAAUAUCAAUUAUACUUUAAUAUUUACAAACAGAUAACACAUGUAAAGAUGAAAUUAUUUGUAAUUGGUAUCUAAAUUCAAUCUGCACAUAGAUCUUGUUACAUAUUGAUUUUGUGAAUGGUUUUCAAUCAGUGCUUUUUGUGAUAAAUAUCAGUGCUUUCAAACUGAAUAUUAAAAAAAAAAAGAUAUUGCACAAAUAUAUUAAAAGGUUAAUUCCAGCAGUGAGCAUGGCUGCAAUGAUAUUAGUAUUGGGGCAAUUGGGCAGGGAUCUACAUAACAUGGUGUAUUAAAUAGUAAAACGGGUAAAUCAAGGUUCCCAGUAUCGAUUUGGAAGUGCAGGUUAGUACAAUUCCAAUGUAGCUAUGAAAGGGCCAUUCCCUUUUGACAGAUGAUGAUUAAUGUAAAUUGUUCCCAAAUUGGUCUUUUUAAGAUAUGGAAAUGCAUUGGAAGUUAUGAUACUACCGAUCCAAGAAAAAUCAGUGCCCAUACCUCGGUCACACGGACAAGACCUUUUCCCCAUAAAAGUUAAUUGCGACCAAUUUGGGAACAAUUUAUGCUUUACUUAUGUCAAAUGGGAUUGAACCUAGGGCUACUGGUGGAAGGCACAAAAUUUAGCUCAUAUUUUCAUGUACAUGUCAUGGAAGGUUGUUGCUUACGCUAUGAAAGUAAAAGCUGUAUGGGAUUAUUUGAAAGCGAGAAAGGCUAUGAGGAGGCAAUUUCAGACUCUAUUGGUCAUUGCAUGGGCUCAUCUGUUAUCAAAAAGUUUUACAGGAAUGAAUGAAUAAAUAUUCUAGUUUUCUGGGUAUUCAGUUCAAGAGAGAGACAACGGAGAGAGAGAGAGAAGGAUUUAUUUCAGUCCAGACGAGUGUAAAUGAACGGAUUUUUUAUGUAAAGUAUUGCUGUUGGGUAUAUUACAUGUACAUGUAAAUAGGAUCUGUUGAAUGAAAAAUUUGUAGAAAAAGAUUUAAUUAAGAAGAGUGAUAUUUCCUCACUGCUCAACUAAACAGAUAUAUCAGGGUCUAAGUUGUACAGUACAUCAAAUAGAUUCUGGGUCAUGACAAUUAUGCAUUUUGCCGCAGUAGUCAAUAAAAUCAAAACUAUCAACACUAUA